AUGCCCGUCACCGAGUUCGCCAUCAUCAAGCUCCGGCCCAACUACGACGCCCUCGAGUUCCUCGAGACGCUCAUGACCUGCCAGGAGAUCCAAGACAACUGGGCCCGCCGCAACCAGCCGUGCAACCUGGCCCCCGGCGCCAACCUCAGCAGCAUGUACACCGACGCCGCGGACCAGUCGACGCUGCUCAUCACCGCGCCCUGGGACUCGGUCGAGGCGCACGGCGAGUGGAUCCAGAGCCCCGAGAACCGGACGGCCAACGGCAGCCUGAGCGAGUUCGCCGCGCCGGGCUGCGACUCCGUGCUGCUGUUCCACAUGGAGCCCGCGGGCGCGCGGGCGCAGAUGCGGGAGGCGUUCCAGCACAAGGACAGCAGCGACGUCUUUGACGUGUGUCGCAUCACCGUCGCGGCCGAGCAGCGGGAGGCGCUGCAGAAGAGGUACCGGGCGCUGGAGGAUGAGCUGCGGGCCGAGGGGCUGGAGAAGAGCAUUUGGGCGGGCUGGAGGAUUGAGAAGCCGCCUGGCGAGGAGGACAAGGAGGAUCUCAUCGUCUUUUGGACGGGCGAUGUCCCGAGGAAACGACUGGAGGGCUUGGCGGAUCUGGCCCUCAAGAAGGAUCAUCGCCGCUUCAGACACGUCGUGUGA